GUGGUAAUGAACGCAGGUCAAUUAGCUCCAUCCAUAAUACCUCUGCAGUUCAAAAAUCAGCUAUCUGGCUUCUCCAAUAAUGUAACUCGUAUUGUUAAUGCUAUACCGGAUUAUACGAUACGCGCAAUACCGGCCGAAGAUGAUAUGUCGCGUGUCAUUAUUGACACUCCGAAGGUUUUACCGCCGUUAGGUGUGGCAAUUGUUGCGGAGAAUCGAACUGCAAACCAAACAUCCGUAGAAGCGUUUUUCAACGCGAAAGCACGACACGGUCCUGUUAUCGCGUUGUCAUUACAAUUGCUCACACCACUCAGUCCAUUCACCUAUUGGAUAUCGAUGAUUCUAUCGGAUUUGUUCAUAUAUUCUCUAGCUUGUUCACUGUUCCUUGUCAUAUUUUCGGUGUCUGGUUGGAUGCUCGAACAUAAAGCCGAUGUUGCGUUGUUAUGGUUGUUAUAUUUCUGGUGUUGGCUGCCAUUCAUUUACAUCGUAUCGUUCCUGAUCGAUCAGGCGCCGAAAGCUUAUGCUGCUCUCAUCACCUACAGUGCUGUUGUCCCAAUCGUCGCGCUAAUUCUCAAAUUCAUUAUGGGUGUAUACUUACCAAAAAUACAACCUGUUUACCAUACGAUGUGUCUUCUGUUAUUGCCGCCGUAUGCGAUGAGCUAUGGCUUUUGGAUAAUAAUUGGUUACGAGAUUUCACCGUUACUUAUGAAUGUGUUAACGGCAGCUGAGGACGGCAUGGAUCAUGCGUCAAUUUACAGUUGGGAUCAGCUCGGUCGUAUUCUAACAUUGAUGGCUGUGUCCGGUGUGGUAUACUGGGCUGUUCUGAUGGCGAUACAAACUCGACGCAUCGCACGUUUCUUUCAUGCACUAUGGCGCAUUCCGUAUCGUUCAUCAUCCGUCAGUGAUGAGGUUGUUACUUUGUUUGGCAAUCGUAUUCAUGGCUAUUGA